AUGGUAAUGAAAAUACGAACACUAACUUAUCAUGCUGCAUGCUUCUCAUGUUCAAAUUGCGAAAAAAAACUAACAGUUGGAGAAGAAUUCGUUUUACGUGAACGUGAAGAUGAUAUAUUAUGUCGAAGUGAUUGUGAUACGAAUAAUAUUGAGCAACCAUCAUCGAUCAAAACGGAUAUCUAUGGACGAGAGGAUGAGGAUGGUUGGGAUGGUUCAACUUUAACGAGCCUAGACAACCAAAUGUCAAGCACACCACCACUUUCGCUUCGAAGUCCUAAAUCAGAUGAAUCGACUAGAGUUCGGACAGUGCUUAAUGAGAAGCAGCUGAUGACGCUUAAGGCAUGUUAUGCUGCCAAUGCUCGGCCAGAUGCUAUGAUGAAAGAACACCUCGUGGAAAUGACUGGUUUAAGUCCACGUGUGAUACGUGUAUGGUUUCAAAACAAACGCUGCAAAGAUAAGAAGCGACAAAUUGCCAUGAAGCAUUUACAACAAAAAGCGGAAACAGAAAGAGCUAUUACGGGGGUGCGAUUGGGUGGUGUUGGUCCAUUGAUUGCUACAUCACCAACACCACACAGUGAUCCGAAUUUAGUCGGUAUCCAACCUGUGGAUAUUCAUCAAUUUCCACAAAAUCCGAAUAUCUGGUCCGGUAUGGAAGCCAUGAAUGCUCAAGGAGGUAUGCCACAACCUCAGCAUGCAUCACUGCAGUCAACUUUGCAGCAAUCUUCACCGUAUGCUCAAAUUGUGUGUUUUGUCUGA